AUGAAAGUUUUUUAUUCUGAAAUUUGCUUAAAGCAUACACCAAAAUAUGAAAUAACGUAUGGCCAUUCAAUAGUUCAUCCUGAUACUUGGAAAGCUACCUAUGAAUCAGCUCAAGUCUGUAUUAGUGGUGCUAUUGAACUUAAAAAAUUGGCAUAUGAAUCAGAUCAAUCAUCAAUUGGUAUAUUUUGUUUAUGUAGACCACCUGGACAUCAUGCAAAUCAGAAUUUAUGUGGUGGAUAUUGUUUUCUUAAUAAUGUUGCAAUUGUUACCAACAUUUUAAUUGAUAAAGAAAAAAAUUUGAAAAAAGUUGUAAUUUUAGAUAUUGAUUAUCAUCAUGGUAAUGGAACUCAAGAUAUUUUUUAUUCAGAUUCAAAUCCCUUAUAUGUUUCAUUUCAUGCAGAAAAUGAUUAUCCAUGGUAUACAGGUGAUGAGUCAGAGAUUGGAAUUGGUGAAGGUGAAAGUUACAAUAUCAACGUUCCUCUAUCAAAAAAUACUGAUGAUCAACAGUAUUUAGAACAAUUAAAAAAUAUUAUAAAUAAUAAAAUUAUUCCUUACAAUGCAAAUUAUCUUGCUGUUUCGUUAGGAGUUGACACAUACAAAGAUGAUCCAAUUGGAGGGUUAAACCUUACUUCUGAAUGUUAUCUUGAAAUUGGCAAACUUAUUAAAUCAAUAAAUUUGCCAACUUUAUUUGUAUUGGAAGGUGGAUAUCAUCUAGAAACCAUAGGAAUUAAUCAUACACCAAAAUAUGAAAUAACGUAUGGCCAUUCAAUAGUUCAUCCUGAAAGUCCGUCUCGUCUUACGAUCAUCAAGUCACAUUUAAUUAAGUUAAAAGAACAAAACAACAACAACAGUCAUGAUUUUGAGAUUUUAUCACCUCAAGAUUAUGGACUUGAUCCAAUUCUAAGUGUUCAUGAUAAAGAUUAUGUGGAUUUUCUUCAAAAUUCUUAUUAUGAAUGGUGUGAAGAAGGUGGUAAUAAAGAUGGAGUGGUACCUGAUACCUUUGCGCAUUUUGGAAUGAAAACUUCAUUUAAUAAGAAGAAAAUUACUUCUACAUUGGCUAAAGCUGGAUUGUAUUGUUUUGAUACUACUUAUACUUGGAAAGCUACCUAUGAAUCAGCUCAAGUCUGUAUUAGUGGUGCUAUUGAACUUAAAAAAUUGGCAUAUGAAUCAGAUCAAUCAUCAAUUGGUAUAUUUUGUUUAUGUAGACCACCUGGACAUCAUGCAAAUCAGAAUUUAUGUGGUGGAUAUUGUUUUCUUAAUAAUGUUGCAAUUGUUACCAACAUUUUAAUUGAUAAAGAAAAAAAUUUGAAAAAAGUUGUAAUUUUAGAUAUUGAUUAUCAUCAUGGUAAUGGAACUCAAGAUAUUUUUUAUUCAGAUUCAAAUCCCUUAUAUGUUUCAUUUCAUGCAGAAAAUGAUUAUCCAUGGUAUACAGGUGAUGAGUCAGAGAUUGGAAUUGGUGAAGGUGAAAGUUACAAUAUCAACGUUCCUCUAUCAAAAAAUACUGAUGAUCAACAGUAUUUAGAACAAUUAAAAAAUAUUAUAAAUAAUAAAAUUAUUCCUUACAAUGCAAAUUAUCUUGCUGUUUCGUUAGGAGUUGACACAUACAAAGAUGAUCCAAUUGGAGGGUUAAACCUUACUUCUGAAUGUUAUCUUGAAAUUGGCAAACUUAUUAAAUCAAUAAAUUUGCCAACUUUAUUUGUAUUGGAAGCUACUAAAUUGUUGAAUCCUUCUUAUAAAAAUAAUUCAUUUCCUUGGAGAUUCGGUGAGAAUGAAGGGCUAGAUUUAAUGGAUAUGACUAGAAAAGGAACAGUUUAUAAUCGUGACCUAAAUAGCCUUAUCUUUAAUCAUUGGAUGAUGAGAUUUAUGACUGAUUUUACAUUUAUAAUGAUAACAAAUCAUAAUGUUUAUGCAUUAACAAAUUAUUAUGCAACAUUUCAGAAUAUUAAAGAUGGUUUGCCUGAUAAAAAAAUUCUAAAAGAAUCGGAGAAAUUGGUUGAAUCUAUUAGAGCGCAUUUCAUGGCAUCAGCAUAUUUUAAGGAUACAUCAAAAUAUUCAAGAUAUCUAUUGCCUGGAAAUAGACUUAAAUCUAAAAGAUUGCUUGAUCAAGUUAAUUGGUUAAAUACUAAAGUAAUAGAAAUGAUCAAUCAAAGAAAACAAUUAAUAAAAGAAUCAAACAAUGAGCUAUUAUCUUCUGAUAUGUUGACUAUGCUAUUAACUUUGAAAGGAGAUUCUGAAAAAGUUCGUGCAAAUAUCUAUGAAAUAUUAGGUGGAGCCAUUGACACCGAAUAUCAACACCAAGUUCUUGGUUUCGUCAUAUGCUUGAAUCCUGUCUUGGCAUAG